AGCGUCCCUAUCUGCGAAAAGAGCGCCCCGCCCUCUCCGAUCAGCCCUUCCAGGCUGAUGCAUAAACACCAUUGGCUCUUAGAGCAGGAGCCUGAAGCAGCUAAAGAGGCUGAGCUACGCAUUGCUAGAGUGAGCUUAUUUUGCCAUCCACUAGUCCAGGAGGAUGUCCAGCACCCCAGUAGCUGUGGUGACCGGGGGCAACAAAGGGAUUGGAUUUGCUAUUGUGCGGGCUCUGUGUAAGCAGUUCACUGGGGAUGUGUACCUGACAGCCCGGGACCCAGGACGGGGUCAGACUGCAGUGACAAAACUGCAGGAGGAGGGACUGAGCCCGCUUUUCCACCAGCUGGACGUUGAUAAUCUGCAGAGUAUCCGGACUCUGCGGGACUUCCUGAAGGAGAAGUAUGGUGGGCUGAAUGUGCUGGUUAACAACGCAGGGAUUGCUUUCAAAGUUGCUGAUACCACUCCAUUUGCUACUCAAGCGGAGGUUACAAUGAGGACAAACUUUUUUGCAACAAGGGAUGUCUGCAUGGAGUUGCUACCUCUCAUAAAGCCUCAUGGCAGAGUAGUGAAUGUAUCUAGCAUGGUAAGCGUAUCAGCUCUGGCAAGAUGUAGCCAAGAUCUGCAGCGGAAGUUUCGUAGUGACACAAUCACUGAGGAGGAGCUAGUGAAACUCAUGACAAAGUUUGUGGAAGAUACCAAGAACGGAGUGCAUGAGAAGGAGGGCUGGCCAAAUACUGCUUACGGUGUGUCCAAAAUUGGAGUCACGGUCUUGUCCAGAAUCCAGGCCCGGAUGUUGAACGAAGAAAGGAAAGCUGAUCAAAUUCUUCUAAAUGCCUGUUGCCCUGGAUGGGUGAGAACCGACAUGGCAGGUCCCAAUGCCACUAAAAGUCCGGAUGAGGGAGCCGAGACUCCAGUUUACUUAGCCCUUUUGGCCCCUGGUGCUGAUGGGCCUCAUGGGCAGUUUGUUAGUGAAAAGAAGGUGCAAAAGUGGUAAACUUGCCUUGACGGUCCUUUUAUUUAUACAGUAACUCCUCAUUAAAAGUCGUCCUGGAUAACGUUGUUUCAUUGUUACAUUGAUCAAUUAGGGAAUAUGCUUGUUUAAAGUUGUGCAAUGCUCCCUUACAGCAUUGUUUGGCAGCUGCCUGUUUUGUCCAUUACUUGCAGGAAGAGCAGCCAGUUGCAGCUAGCUGGUGGGAGCUUGGAACCAGGGUGGACUGGUAGCCCCCCGAUUAGCUCCCCACUCCCAUAAGUUCCCUGUACAGAAGCCACCCAGCAGGCUACCAAUUGCGAGCAGUUCAGUUGUCCCUCCCCCCACUGCCAUGUGCUGCUCCUUCCCUCUGCCUUGGAGCUGCUCCUGGGAGCCUCCUGCUUGCUGUGCAGGGGAGGGGGGAGAAGAGGGAGGCUAAUGUCAGGGUGUCCCCCUCCCCCCUAUUCCUGCCCCCCCUUACCCCUUCUCCAUAUGGAGCAGGGUGGGGACAGGACCACAGCUGCUGUCUCAAGUUCCUGAUCCUUUUUAAAGGCAAUGUUCAUCUCUCUCACACACACAGGGUGUGUGUGUGUCUCUGUCUGCCAUGCUUUCUCCCCUCUCUCCAUUCGUGCUGCCUUGUAGAGUGUGAGGCUACAUUAACAACAAUGAGGAGUCUUUGUAGCACCUUAGGCUAACAAAUUUAUUGGGGGGGGAAUUAUAUAAAAAAAUAAUAAACUAUAAUAUAGUUUUUUGUCUGGUGGAAAAAAAAUUUCCCUGGAACCUAACCCCCCUCCUCCCCCCCGCCCCAUUUACAUUAAUUCUUCUUGGGAAAUUGGAUUCGCUUAACAUUGUUUCGCUUAAAGUUGCAUUUUUCAGGAGCAUAACUAUGACAUUAAGCGAGGAGUUCUGUAUAUGUGAGAUGCAGUCCAGAAACAGUAUCAGAUAUUACUGAUUUAUUGUUGGUACCAAUAAUAAUUAAGCAUCUGUAAAUGUCUUUGCCAUUUCUAGUAUCUUAUUAGGGUUUAUAGAAUACACACAAGGUUUCUGCUAUUACAAAAUAAUUGCAGUUUGGAAUAAUGCAUGAAUUAAACUGUGCCUUAAUUUAGUUCUUAAAAGUAUGAAAACUUAUUAAAUAAAGUGUAGUUUAAUAAGCUAAAA